UCCGUCCUUACCGUUGUCGGCACGCAGACCUCGGCGCUCCUCUACCUACGCCUCUUAAAGGCGCCGCAAACGCCUCGGGAGCCCGGGUGAACCCAGUCCUCGGUUCCUGUCCCCAGCUGCAGUAUGGAGUCGUCCCACGGGCCGCCUGGGCCCGAGUCAGACCUUCUGACUUUAGGGAGACAGCGAGCCGCGAUCUUUGGCGGCGGGCCGGGCCGAACGCCUUCUGAACCGCCCUCAGGCUUCCGGGUGACGGGAGAGGAAGAAGCCGAGAACGUUGGAGGCGCGAGCCGCCACCCCAGGGCGUCCCCUAAGACUUCGAGCUACAGCGUCGUCCACUGGCCGGGACCGGAGGCUCCGGAGAACGAGCUCGGCCGCUCAGUGAUGCUGUGUGGACCGGGGAGCCUCCAGGGAGAGCCGGAUCCCGAGCACAACCCGCACGGGUCUUCCAUACGCAAGGACCCUGAGCCGCCCGAGGACAAGCCUGUAUCCGAAACGAUCAGCCAUCGAGGAGGCCCGGGAGGCGGCGGGACGGAUGAUGAGCCGGAGGAGGAAGACGACGAGGGGGCGGCCGGCAGGGCUGGCAGGUCGUUUUCCAGCCGUCUUCAGGACAGCCGCAGCCUGGAUGGGCUGAGCGGGGCGUGCGGCGGCUCUGGGUCCGCAGCGGGUGCAGAGUCUGGCGCGGGUGGCGGGCGUCGGGCCACCAUCUCCAGCCCCCUGGAGCUUGAGGGCACGGUGAGCCGCCAGGGCGACCUCACCCAUUUUGUCGCCAACAACUUGCAACUCAAGAUCCGUCUGAGCAGCACCUCUCAACCCCCGCCACCUGUCCCUGCGCCGCCCUGUUCAGCACCUUCAUCCACUCCGGCCAUCCCCCCCAUCGACCCGGACGUGCUGCGGGACCUGGAGCGGCUGAGUCGGGAGCUGGGCGGCAGGGUGGACCGUCUGCUUCGCGGGCUGGGGGGUGCGGUGCAGGAGCUGACAGCACUGAGCGUGGGCUGCAUCCAGACCUACCGCGACGCCGUGGACUCCCUAGGCGAAGCCGUGGACAUGAGCAUCAAGGGGAUGUACACCCUGCUAGCGCGCUGCGAGGAGCUGGAGAGGGCUCUGCAGCCAGUGCAGGGGCUGGCGCGCCAAAUCCGGGAUAUCCGACGCACCCUGGAGGUGUUGGAGGCUCUGUGCAAGUGACCAGGAGGGCAAGAGAGACCAGGCCAGGGCCCAGUAGGAUCCUAUGGACUCUUCAAGAUGUAUUUAGCAGGCCGGCGUCCACUCGCUGGGCCGUAUGCAGGUGUAUAUGGGAAGUUCUAAAGGCUUUCCUGGUGGGAGGUGAUGAUGCUCAGCUUCUAUUCAGUUGGCCAUCUGUAGCUACGUUGUUUUCCUCAACUCUUCUCUAACUAAAGCACCGUCCCUGGGAACCCAGGGUUUCAGGUCUGGGCUUGAGAGACAUGCUAUAUGUGAUCAAGAAAGGGGAACAGAGUCCCCAGCCCCCACUGUGGCCACUCUGACUCCAGUAUCACAUCUCAGGUGCCAGGAGCUAUGGGAGUUUGAGUGGUCCUUGGUCACACACCAUGCAGACAAGGAUGCACACCUGCAGAUGGAUAACCUCCUGCUUUUGCCCACUGGCCCCCUACCAUCCCAUUUCAGCCAGACCAGGGUGGAGCUAGAAGGAAUGCAUUGCAUGGUAGAGGGGGUGAGUUGGGAGUGGUCUCACUGCUCUCAGGAUUCAGUAGAAUUGUUGCUGGUUUUGAAGCCCACCUGUUGUGGAGUGUUCUAAUCAGUUUUAACUUUCUGAGUUUUUGUGGAAUUAAAGUGCUGCUGCUGCUGCUAAGGCUGAA